AUGUAUUUCAGCGUCGACUGGGACCAUGCGGAUUUGAUGCACAUUUUUGACCUAGGUCAGUUGGCGGAGUCGACCCAGAACCCCAAACGACCUUGGGAUCUGCCUCUGCCAUUGGUCCCGGAAAGAAAUAAGAAGAGGACUAAGGCAGGGCUCAGACCCGCAGCGCAAAUGCCCAAAGAAGCAAACGGGGUGUCCUUAGCAGCCCCAGUGAUCGGCGACCCGCCGUGUGCCUGCCCGUAUCCAUAUCCUGGGCGCUGGGUUUGGGACGGGAUGAUGUGCAACAAGCUGGUCCUGAUCCUGGUCUUGGUCCAGGUCCUACGAAGUUGUUUCUGGUACGGUCUCCGAGGGUCUCCAUUGUAUUACGUCGUCGUCGUCUUACGCCGUUCUUGCGUCGACACCGCAGGACAGAUGCAGCUUGCAAGACUCAAACAACCAGAUGCGCCAUCCAUGCUCCGUCGCUGUUUGCUGUUCAACCCUCGACGGUCCAAAUCUGCAAAUGACACGAAAGGACGAGACGAAACAAUGGGACCGAAAGGACGCCCAUCGCUGCAUUUAGCGUAA